AUGGAGGAGAAUCAAUAUCCUUGGCUGCCACUCGUUCGCGCGCGUUUCUCUCCGCUUACUCUGGUGGGGAUAGACCGGCGGUCCCAUCUUCAGAUCCUGGACUCGGAGUACGAAGCCAUGCGGCAAGCACUGCUUGAGGCGUCUCGCAUGCGCAAUCAGAGCGCCGGCCCUUGCCGCCUGCCUCCCGAGCUUCUCACGCAGAUCUUUGCGGAAGCGCAGUCUGGAUGGGAGCCGAGGCGAAAGACAUUUGAGACGGGUUCAGGAGAUGACGAAUACGAGGUCUUUUACUCGGGGUGGAUGGUGAUCCCUCACGUGUGUAGCCUUUGGAGACAAGUCGCCUUGAACGAUCCUAUGCUCUGGUCAAGACCAGAGUAUGAUGUACUCGACAUUCAUCCCGGCUAUGUCCCAAUCAUCGUUUCUCGAUGCCGCGGAAAUCCGAUGCGACUCUUUCUCAAUCCAGAAGUUGCCGAGAUCGACGAGGAUGCCGUCAAAGACGACGCCAGCUAUCUCGCGUGGACUUCUUCCUGUGUUUUGUCACAAGCUUGUGACCUGACCGUGGCCGGGGCGCAGGAUGUGGUAGAAGAAGUCAUCGGCAACCUACCUGAGACGAUGCCUCACUUACGCCAGCUCUACGUUGAGAUAUCUGGACCUCGCGAACCUAAUCCGGUCCUACCGCAACGAGCCUGGGGACUCGCUGGCGUCACAAAGCUCGAACUAGGAAACUGCAGUCUGCCUUGGGACGCGCCCAUCUAUUCGUCCAGCAUGACAAGCCUCACUCUAUUCAGUUAUUCAGAAGGUCCCCGCCAUUCGUAUAAAGACACUCAGCUUCUACUUUCUCGUUUACCCGCCUUAAAGGAGCUCAACUUCGACAACAUCGUGCCGUCGCAUGACCCGGGCGAUGAUUAUGGGUCUACCAUCAUGCUCCCUCCUUUGUUGCGCGAGCUGAGCAUCGAUGUCACACUCCCCGAUCUCCUCGUUGACGGGCUUGACUUCAUGGCCGGUCUUCGCACAUCUUCGCCCUGCUCGUUCUACUUCACGAUAGUUGAAAAUCGUGAUUUGUUCGCGGACGAUUCUCCUAUAUCGUUGGACGGGGUUUUACGUCAACUAGGCUUCUCUGAAAUCCCUCAUGCCACCGCUCAAAAACUCGUAUUUAAUCCCGAAAGCAUAGAAGUCACAUGCCUAAACCCACCAUCGCUCGGUCAUGCUAUCACAAAGUCACUAUGUAUAACUCGACGAUUUGGUGUCAGUCUCACCGCCCGUCCACAUAUCUGGUACCAGCUCAUCAAAGUCCUUGAUCGCACAAACAUGCGCGACGUGAAAGAGCUUACCUUCUCUCGGAACGUGAUAGACACACUCGCGUCGGGUGAUAUGUGGAAGCGGUUACUUCUCGCCGUCAAUGUGGACCGCAUAGACGUUGCGGUAGGACCAAGUCCGGCCGGCUCCGUGGACUUGGGUAUACUCUGUGGUUCUCUCUGCUAUGCCUAUUCUUCCCCGUCUGCGACAUCCUCGCCGUCUCGAUAUCCCUUCCCGCGCCUCAUGUUGUUGGCCCUGCAUGUGCCGAAGGACCAUCUCAACGACGCAUUCCAUUGGGCCAAUGCGCUCAUAGAUCUUGUGAACACGAGAGCCGCAUUGGGCGUGCCGUUGGACGAGAUUGUCAUCACCUCUGACAGCUCGUGGGAGUCUACGGAAUGGGACAGGUUGGGCACAGUGAUCAAACUUGUUAUUCCGAAGUAG